AUGCUAGGAAGAAUCUGGCGACCUCCCCGGCCGAUCAAGAAAGAAUCAUCUGAACCUCGCCAGUUUUGUUUUGCUCUUAGCGAUGGAAAUGAGAUAGAUGAUCAAAGUAUCACCGAUGCCGGUGAGCCACCGUUAGUGGAUGAUUCACAAUCACAACAACAAAAAUUGACUCAGGAACAAUUACAACAGUUGUUUUCUCGAGCCAGUUCUCAAUUAAUCGCACAAUCCAAUGAUCAACAGGAUUUUUUCAAACGUGAUGCCUCAAUCAAGGCACCAAAAACUGGUCAAGUCAUUCAAACACCAUUUCCUCCACCUGCUGAAGAUCGCAAAGAAGAUGUUGACAUCGAUCCUGAACAAUUAAAACAAUUAGCUCAACAAGAAGCAGGUCCGCUCAUCAUCGAACGAUACUCUCCAAGUGAAACUGAAAUAAAGCAUCCAAUAACAGCAGUUACGAUCACGUUUAACCAGCCGAUGAUCGCCGUUUCUACACUGGAUGACAAUACGAAUGUAGAAAAUCUUGGCAUAUCAUUGACACCCAAUGUUGAAGGUCGAUGGCGAUGGACAGGAACAAAAACGGUUCAAUUCGAAGCAAAACAUCGUCUACCAUUCGCAACAAAGUACACAUUACAGGUCAAGAAGGACAAAUGUGUAUCAGCAAUUGGAGGAAAAUUAGCAGAUGAACUCUCAUUCGAGUUUGCUACAACGCCACCAAAUGUUGUUCAAUUUUCACCAUAUGAUACAGUUACAACAUUGAAACCGAAAUGUUGCUUAUUAUUCGAUCAAAAGAUUGACCGAAAUCAAAUCUUGCAGCAUUUACGCAUAGUCAGCAGUGGCCAACGUCGAAUAGCAAAUAAUGAUUUGGAAUUGUUGGAUGAAGCCACAGGAAAAAAGGAAUUCGAAGGAAUUUUUAGUUCGAAUGAAGGAGCGGAUGAAAGAUAUGUUGCAUUCACAUUCAAAAAUGAUCUGUCAAAAGCGACACAAUACACUGUUACGGUACCUGCAGGUUGUCCAUCAGCUGAAGGCCCAUUGAAAAGUAAAUCAACGUGGUCAGCUGGGUUUAAAACGUACGAACCUCUAAAAAUUACUCACUGGCGACCAAAUAAGGACGACAAGUAUCAACCAUCGGUUAAUCCAGGCGAAAGUUGGUCAAUUACAUUCAAUAACUCAUUGGAUCAUUCAACAGUCAAUAAAUCAAUAUUUAAAAUUGAACCGGAAGUCAGUGGUUUAGGCAUUGAACGUGCUGAGUAUAAUGAUCAGCAGAUCAUUAUACACAAUAAUUCCAAACCCAACACUGUUUACACAUUGACCAUUCAACCAGAAGUCUUGAAAGAUAUUCAUGGUCAAACAUUGGAACAUAAUUUUGCUGCGCAACCCAUAAAGUUUCAUGUACACAAGUCACCACCGCCACGAGGUCAUCUGUCAGGCGCUACAGGUAUAAUUAUCAUGGAUCCCGGUGUAUUAGAUGAUCCAUUUUAUCCAUUUAUGGUUUACAACUAUUCGGAAGUAACAAUUCGUGUUAAUCGAGUUCAACCAGAAGAUUACCGACGAGAUUUGCCUUGUUUCCAACCGUAUCUGUAUGAACAUCGGAAACGAGUACCGAAUACUCAUCUGCCAGGAAAGGCAUUAGUAAAUCAGACAAUACAGACGAAUUGUGAACGUGAUGAACCGAAAGAGUUGAAAUUUCCAUUGAAAUCAUAUUUAGCACAACAUUCAGGUGUUGGUCAAAUAAUGAUUUUGAUCGAACCAACCAAAAAAGCUUGGAAUCAAUGUCAACAUGAAGAAUGGGAAGAAAGACCCGUCAUAUCGGCUUGGUUACAAUGUACUCAAUUGGCGAUUGAUGUGUUUCAUUCAUCAGCACGGGAUGGCACAACUACUCGCUUUACAACGUGGAUUACUGAUCUAAUGUCCGGCGUGCCUAUUCAACAAGCAACUGUCUCCAUAUCGAACCAGAAAGGUGAAACAAAUCAACAAGGAUUAUGUACCAUCCUUCAUAAUACUGCGAAAGGAAACAGCCGAGAAAAAAUGCUGAUAGUACGAAAAGGUGAAGAUUUAUGUAUGCUACCAGACAUCCACUGUUAUGCUUCAAAUGUGAAUACUUAUGUUUGGCACGUAUUUAACGAUCGAGGUUUAUACAAACCGAAAGAAGAAGUGCAUAUCAAAGGAUACGUUCGAUUCUUGGCAGUGAAAGGUGAUGCUAAACUGCCAACUUAUGCGCAAGGUGUUGUUGAUUAUACAGUCCAUGAUCCUCGCGGUCAACAACUUCUAGCAUCCAAAGUUAAAUUGAAUAGUUAUGGUGCAUUCGAUAUCAAAUUUACUUUGCCUGACAAAGUCAAUUUAGGUGAAGGAUGGGUAACAUUCAAUUUACCAAGCUCACAAACUAAAACAACACAUUCUUUUAAAAUUCAAGAAUUUCGUCGACCAGAAUAUGAAGUUUCAUCAUCGACUCGACCAACGACUGUUCACUAUUCUCAUCCAACCAAUGAUCAAUACAUCAUUGCAAGUUGUCAAGGAAAAUUAUUUGCUGGUGGUUUCUUAAGUGAUGCAAAUGUUCAAUGGAACGUCAGUGCUGAAACAACAACAUUCACACCACCGAAUCGAUCUGAAUAUACAUUUGGUAGAGCUCGACCAUUCUUUUGUUGGUUUGGUAAUAACGAUGACAACAAAACAACGUAUCCUUUACAAUACUUCCAAGGUAGAACCGAUAGUAGAGGUGCACAUGAAGUGAAAAUCAUUUAUCAUGGUAUUGAAACUGAACCAAGACCAACGAUGGUUCGUACAUUAGCAGCGAUUACUGAUUUGAACAAUCAAACACAAGAAACACAAACACAAUUUCUUAUUCAUCCAUCGACGUACUAUGUUGGAUUUCAAAUGACAACGAAUUAUGGUAAAAAAGGUCAACCCAUACAAAGCAAGGUUAUUGUUACAGACGUCGAUGGAAAUUUAAUUGAUAAUGUUUCCGUUGAAUGCAAAAUUGCUGGUACUGGGAAAGAAAGAAAAGAAGAUGCAAAUGGUCUAGCCAUUUAUGAAGAGAUCAAAGAUGAACAACAAAUUACUGAAGUCAGUUCAAAUAAAGAUCCCAUUACUAUGGAAUUUACACCGAAAUUAGGUGGCCAAUAUAACAUCACAUUUACUGUCAAGGAUGAACAAGGACGACCAUCAAUGAGUUUCUACGAAAAUCUUUAUGUUACUGGUGGUACUGGAAAAGAAAUGGAACGACAAAAAGUUGAAUAUAUUCCAACAGACACCUUGACGAUUAUACCGAAUGCAACAAAUUAUCAAGCAGGUGAUAAAUGUGAAUUACUGGUCUUAGCACCAUUUAGUCCAGCUACGGGUCUACUCGUCUUCGAUUGUGAAGGUGAAGUUUCACAACCAAUACAAUUUCAAGUCGAAACUGGAAAAGAUUCGGCAAUAGUUGAAUUUCAAAUAUCACAGGAUUGGAUACCAGGAUUUACCGCAAACAUUGAAUUGACAGGCUCGCUUCCAAGAGAAGCAGAUGAAGGCGAAGUACCUAAUCGUCCAGCUAUUGCUGUUGGUUCGAUAGCGUUGGAAGUUUCCAGAGAUAUCUACAAACUAAAUGUUUCAGUCAAUACAAAAAAUGAACAGAAAACUUUUACUCCAUCAUCAACUGUUCAUAUUGAUGUUGAUGUUACACAGUUCAAAGAUAAAACACCGGCAAACAAAGCAGAAGUUUUUCUACUUGUCGUUGACGAAGCGAUUCUGUCACUAACUGAUUACAAAUUGUCGAGUCCAUUGGAUGUAUUCUAUCCCAACCGACCAACAGCUAUUUCACAGCAGCAUGGUAGAGACCGUUGUUUAUUAUUCAAUAUGCAAGAUAUACAACAAUUUAAAAAAGAAAUGCAGGAAAGCGCGGCGAGAGGUAUUGGCGUAGAGGAAUUGGAACGUCAAUGCUGUUGCUGCUGUUCAUCAUCGGCAAAACGUCGUUGUCGUAGCUGUUGUUGUAUGGAUGCUGAUUUCGGUGGUGGUGGUGGUGGUGCCACUGCUGAUCAAUCAAUAGCAGUUCGUUCUAACUUCAAUCCAUUGGCAUGCUGGGUACCGUCAUCAUCCGUAAAUUCGUCGGGACACGUUUCAUUCGACUUUAAACUACCUGAUAAUCUCACACGUUAUCGUGUAUGGGCUAUCGCAACAAAUGAACAGCAAUAUGGUUUAGGUGAAAUAGCGUUUACUGUACAAUUACCAGUUAUGAUACGACCUUCACCACCACGAUUUCUCAACUAUGGUGACACAGCUAAGUUUUCAGUUGUUUUACAGAAUCAAACUGAUCAACCAUUAUCAUUACAUGCUGGUCUAAAAGCAACCAAUGCCAAACUAAUUACAUUGGAAACCAAUCAACAAGUUGCUGGUUAUGCCGUUCAACUUCAACCGAAUAAACGAGCAGCUGUUGUAUUUCCAUUGUCAACAGUCGAUGCAGGUACAGCACGUUUUCAAUUUAUUGUCAAUACAAUUCCAAAUGGAAAUCAAGUAUUAUUUGGUGAUGCCAUUGAAUUAAGUGUGCCCGUUUUUACACCAGCAACAUCAGAAGCAUUUGCAACGUAUGGUGAUAUCAGCGAAGAAAACAUUGUUUUUCAACCAAUUAAAACACCCGAAAAUGUGAUUCCACAAUUCGGUGAAUUAUCAGUUUCAACGAGUUCAACAGCAUUAGCAUCAUUAACAGAUGCCAUUAUUUCACUGUAUACAUAUCCAUACGAAUGCUCAGAACAAUUGAGUUCAAGAUUAUUGGGUGUGCAUGCAUUGUGGGACGUUCUACAAGCAUUUCAAUGCAAAGAUUUACCACAAACAACUGAAAUAGCAACAAAAUUACAAUCCGAUAUGAAUACAUUGAAAGGCCGUCAAUAUCCAAAUGGUGGUUUCGGUUAUUGGACAAAUCGAAGUGAUCGUCUUACUGAUCCAUUCGUCAGCAUACAUGUCACUCAUUGUUUAGUUGUCGCCACAAAGAAACGGAUAUGCGACGUCAAUAGGAAUAUGUUGAAAAAUGCUCUUCGAUAUGCAAGUCAUAUUGAAUCGGAAAUAAACGAAUUACCAUACGCGAAGUAUUGGAGUGAAACAACUAAAUUUAGUUUGAUGAGUUAUGCAUUAUAUGUACGCGCAAAAGAUGGACAAAAUGUUGCAAAUGAAGCUGUGAAACUAUUUGAGCGAAGUGGAUUGAAAAAGCUUAGUUUAGAAGCAUUAGGUUGGCUCUUAGUGGCAUUAUCAACUGAACAAAAUAAGCAAGCAACUGCAUUGAUUGAUUCGAUUUAUAAACAUCUUAAAGGAAAAGUGAGUGAAACUGCUGAAACAGCCAAUUUUAUCACAUCGUAUGGUGAUGAUGGUCAAUCAGUUAUGUUGCAUUCGAAUCAACGAACAGAUGCCAUUCUGUUAGAAGCAUUAUUACACAUCGAUCCACAAUCAACACUUUGUACAAAAAUAUGUAAAGGUCUCCAAUCACAUAAAGUCAAAGGUGCAUGGAAAUCGACACAGGAAAAUUGUUUCGUUUUGAUUGCAUUAGACAAAUAUUUUCAUAUCAAAGAAAAAGAUACACCAAAUUUCGUUGCAAAGAUUUGGCUUGAUAAUGAUUAUUGUGGUCAACAUCAAUACAAAGGUCGAACAACAAAUACAACGACAGUCGAUAUUCCAAUGAAAGUUGUUCUCUCCCAAACAAAUGACAAAAAUCUAAUCAUGCAAAAAGAUGGUCGAGGUCGAUUGUACUAUCGUAUUGCAUUNGCAUUAGACAAAUAUUUUCAUAUCAAAGAAAAAGAUACACCAGAUUUUGUUGCAAAGAUUUGGCUUGAUAAUGAUUAUUGUGGUCAACAUCAAUACAAAGGUCGAACAACAAAUACAACGACAGUCGAUAUUCCAAUGAAAGUUGUUCUCUCCCAAACAAAUGACAAAAAUCUAAUCAUGCAAAAAGAUGGUCGAGGUCGAUUGUACUAUCGUAUUGCAUUAAAUUAUGCACCAACAAGUUUACAAUUAAAUGCUGCUAAUUAUGGUUUUAAAAUCGAACGUACCUAUGCAGGUGUUGAUGAUCCAUCCCAUGCUCAAAAACAAGAAGAUGGCACAUGGAAAUUCAAAUUAGGUGAGAAAGUUAAAGUUAUUUUAACAAUGACAACAACACAACGACGAUAUCACAUUGCAUUAGUGGAUUAUUUACCAGCUGGAUGUGAAGUAUUGAAUACUCAUUUGAAAGGGACAAUAACCGGUGAUACAGAUUCGUCUGUGACAAGAUCAAAUCGACGUAGAUAUUAUCCAAAUUGCAUUACUGGUUGGACUGAACACGAAAAUUUACGUGAUGAACGCGCUGAAGCAUUUCGAUCAUUAUUAUGGCCCGGUGUUUAUCAGUGGAGUUACAUUAUGCGUGCAACAUGUGCUGGAACAUUCACCAUGCCACCAGCAAAAGCAGAAGAAAUGUAUUCACCAGAGAAUUUCGGUCGAUCGGCAACAGAAAAGGCGAUUAUUAACUAA